AUGUGGCUUCACAGUCUCGCCUUUCUUUCCAUUUCACUCUCAUGUCUUCUCAUAACUCUUCAAGCCAUUUACUUCCCCUACUUGAUAUCCGAGGCCGAGAAUGCUCAUCAGUUCGUCAUGAGUAGAGUACAUACAUUCAAAGUAAGACACUUGGAUUAGUCCGGAAAUCCUCAUCCGAAUACCCUUUGCAGUCGAUCGAAGCAGACAUUUCCCGUGAAUUAUCCGACUUCGCCUUCCUCCACGUUGCCCGGAAACGUCGUUCUCUUUCCGUUCCCUGCGAACCCGGACUUCCAGGACUGCCGGGUCCUAACGGAAGAGACGGUCAGCAGGGAACGGACGGUCCGAACGGAAUCCGCGGGCUGGAUGCUCGUGACAUAAUGGAAGAGAUCCAGGCGAAACAGGAGUGCAUCACUUGUCCGCAAGGAGAAAGAGGACCCACCGGAGCACCCGGGGACCGAGGAGAAACGGGCGACAAGGGGGACAAAGGAGUGGCCGGCAUUCCGGGAGUGGAUGGAUUGGACGGGGAACAGGGCGAGGAGGGACCGGUUGGACCACCGGGACCACCGGGAAGAAGAGGACGGAAGGGAGCGGACGGAAAGUCGGCGAUGGGCGGAAUCGGAGAGCCCGGAACGAAGGGAGUGCCAGGAGCCACCGGAGGACCCGGACUGCAGGGACCGAGGGGAAAGGUUUGUUUGAGGGAGAUCAUGUUGUGAUCUAGGAACGUUUCUUGCAGAGAAACUACAUCUACGGACCGCCCGGCCCCAUUGGACAGCCUGGUCCUUCUGGCUUGGACGGUGUGUCUGGCAAUCCGGGAGAACGCGGUCCGAAGGGUCCGCCUGGAGAUAAGGGAGCCGAUAUAAAGUUCUGCCCGUGUCCGCUGGAAUUGGAACUUUUGAAGGGAAAACACUCGAGACCGGUGAGAAUAAUUCUGUAGAACAUCCCUUUGAACGCAUUUUUUCCCUCUAGCAACGCCCGGGAACUACCACUGAAGUCCCAACGACCUCUACGACAGAGCCAAUGCCUCCGUCCACCACAAAAGUGACUACGGAAGCCACAACGACUACUCCACAAGAAGACGUGAAGACGACAGAAGAAGAAGAAGAAGAAGAAGAAGACAUCACGUUCACAACGAUCUCACCAUUGACAACGUCAUCUGAAGCACAGCGAGUGUUCGAAAUGGAGAAAGUAUUCGGAAGUGCGCCCGGAACGGAGGAGCUCAAGAUCCAAGCGGAAUCACUGGAUGUGGAAGAAGAGAGACAGACGGUUUGAACUCCCUGGAGCUCUAUUUACGGCUGUAGUUUUUUUUUCAGAUUGAACUUCCGAAAGAAUACGAAGAAAUCACUGACGAGCAACCGGAGCAGGCGCCACAGGUUUCCCCGGAAGAGGAGAACGAGUACGAAGAGGAGACGACCACUCAGUAAGCCUUUUCCCCUUCGCUCCAGAAUUCUCGACCAAUUUCUCAUUGCAGACGUCGAUUCCGAUAUGUCACAAAGCGACCAAUUCGGCUUGAAUAA